AUGGAGCAAACCUACGGCGAAGUGAACCAGCUGGGAGGCGUCUUUGUCAACGGGAGACCCCUGCCCAACGCCAUCCGCUUGAGGAUCGUGGAGCUGGCCCAGCUCGGGAUCCGACCCUGCGACAUCAGCCGCCAGCUGAGGGUGUCUCACGGCUGCGUGAGUAAAAUCUUGGCCCGCUACAACGAGACGGGCUCCAUCUUACCCGGAGCCAUCGGCGGGAGCAAGCCGCGGGUCACCACCCCCAACGUGGUCAAGCACAUCCGAGACUACAAGCAAGGCGACCCGGGGAUCUUCGCGUGGGAGAUCCGGGACCGGCUGCUGGCGGACGGGGUGUGUGACAAGUACAACGUGCCCUCCGUCAGCUCUAUCAGCAGGAUUUUAAGGAACAAAAUCGGGAACCUCUCCCAGCCCAACCCCUACGACAGCACCAAGCAGCCUCCCCCCCAGCCAACGCUGCCUUAUAACCACAUUUACCAGUACCCCUACCCCAACCCCAUGGCCUCCUCUGGGACCAAAAUGGGCCAUCAUCCGGGCGUGCCGGUCACCGCUGGACAUGUCAGUAUCCCCAGAUCCUGGCCCUCGGCGCAUUCAGUCAGCAACAUCCUAGGUAUCCGAACCUUCAUGGAGCAAACAGGGCCUCUGGCUGGGACAGAGGGGUCUGCCUACCCCCCAAAAAUGGAAGACUGGCCCAGUGUGAACAGAACGGCCUUCCCUCCCGCCCAGGCAGUCAAUGGGAUUGAUAAAGCUGCAAUGGAAGCGGACAUUAAGUACCCCCAGCCUGCCCCUGGCCUUUCCACCGUCGGCAGCUUCCUCCCAGCCUGCGCCUACCCCUCUUCCAACCAGCACGGGGUUUAUGCUGGCCCCGGGGCGGGCUACAUCACCCCCGGGCACCACUGGCAGGCGCAAAGCAGCCCCCUGGCUCACCACGGGCCCGGAGUGACGCUCCCCGGAGGAGAGCUGGGCACCGCCAUGGCCUUCAAGCAUUCCGCCCGAGAAGUUGUGGACAGAAAACCUUCCAGUCCCAUAGGCAAACCUCAAGAAACCCUAAAUAAUAUACAUGGACUUUCUAUCCCCGCCUCAUCUUCCUAG